AUGACUUCCUGUUCUCUCCUCGGCCUGCUCCUGACUCUCACCGUCCUCCACAGCUCCGUGUCGGCCGAACAGCGGAGGCUGUCUCCAGAUAAUCUGCUGGUGAUCACUGCGGCAACGGAAGAGACAGAUGGCUUCAACCGCUUCAUGAGGACGGCCCACGAGUUCAACUACACUGUGAAGGUGCUGGGUCUGGGAGAGGAGUGGAAGGGGGGUGACGUGGCUCGAACGGUGGGUGGAGGUCAGAAGGUCAGAUGGCUGAAGAAAGAGCUGCUCAAACACUCAGAAAAGAAGGACAUGGUCAUCAUGUUCGUUGACAGCUAUGACGUGAUCUUUGCGUCAGGUCCAGAGGAGCUGCUCUCCAAGUUUUCCCGUCUGGGUCACAAAGUGGUUUUCUCAGCUGAGGGGUUCUGCUGGCCUGACCAGAGACUGGCCUCCAAAUACCCAGAGGUGCAUACUGGGAAGCGCUACCUCAACUCAGGAGGGUUCAUUGGCUUCGCUCCAGAACUUAGUACAAUCGUCCAGCUGUGGAAGUACAAAGACAACGAUGACGACCAGCUGUUCUACACCAAAAUCUACCUUGACAAGACACAGAGGACAAAGUUCAACAUGACUCUCGACCAUCGCUCUAGAAUCUUCCAAAAUCUGAACGGAGCCGUUGAGGAAGUCGUCUUGAAGUUUGAGAGGGCAAAGGUCAGAGCGAGGAACGUUGCCUACGACACACUUCCAGUCAUUAUCCAUGGCAACGGUCCCACCAAGCUGCAGUUGAAUUAUCUGGGUAACUACGUUCCCACAGCGUGGACCUUUGAGAACGGCUGUGGUAUCUGUGAUGACGACCUGCUGUUCUUCAAUGACGCACCUGAUGAGGAGAUGCCUCUGGUGUACAUCGCGGUGUUUAUUGAACAUGCGACUCCCUUCAUGGAGGAGUUCUUGGACCGACUGGCGACGCUGAAUUACCCGAUGACGAGAAUACGCCUUUUCAUCCAUAACAACGUCGUGUACCACGAGCGUCACAUCCAGAAGUUCUGGGAGCGUCACAGAGCUCUGUUCCCUGACGCCCUGCUGGUUGGACCUGAGGAGAACCUGCAGGAGAGCAAGGCCAGAACGAUGGCUGUCGAGGCGUGUAAGAAGGAUCCAGAGUGUGAUUACUACUUCAGUAUCGACUCCGAGGUGGCCUUGACAAACCCAGACACACUGAGGAUACUAAUCGAGGAAAACAAAUCAGUUAUAGCUCCCAUGUUGUCCAAACACGGGAAGCUGUGGAGUAACUUCUGGGGUGCUCUGAGUCCUGAAGGCUACUACUCCAGAUCUGAAGACUACAUUGAAAUCGUCCAAGGCAAGAGGAUCGGACUGUGGAACGUACCGUACAUCACUCAGGCGUACCUGAUCAAAGGCAGCGUGCUGCGGUCCAAACUGUCCCAGGUGAGCCUGUACGUGGACGAGGAGAUGGACCCUGACAUGGUGUUCUGCAGGAGCAUCAGAGACCAGGGAGUCUUCAUGUUCGUGUCAAACCGCGAUGAGUUUGGUCGUCUUGUGGCAUCCACCAACUUCAACACAUCCAGGCUGCACCCGGACAUGUGGCAGAUCUUCGAUAACCCUGUGGACUGGAAGGAGAAGUACAUCCAUGAGAACUACUCCAGGAUCUUUGAAGAUGAGAAGAGUUUUGUGGAGCAGCCCUGUCCAGAUGUUUACUGGUUUCCAGCCUUCUCAGAGAAGAUGUGUGAUCAUCUGGUGGAGACUAUGGAGCACCAUGGAGGAUGGUCUGGAGGAUCGCAUAAGGAUGAGCGUCUGGCUGGUGGUUAUGAAAAUGUCCCGACUGUGGAUAUCCACAUGAACCAGAUCGGAUUUGAGAAGGAGUGGAUGAAAUUCCUCAAAGAGUACAUCGUUCCUGUCACCGAAAAACUCUAUCCUGGCUAUUACCCCAAGGCCCAGGCCAUUAUGAACUUUGUGGUGCGUUACCGUCCUGACGAGCAGCCCGCUCUGCGGCCGCAUCACGACUCCUCCACCUUCACCAUCAACAUUGCCCUGAACAACAAGGGCAUUGACUACGAGGGUGGAGGCUGCAGGUUCCUGCGUUACGACUGUAAGGUGGAGUCUCCGAGGAAGGGCUGGUCCUUCAUGCACCCCGGCCGCCUGACGCACUACCAUGAGGGUCUACCCACCACCAAAGGGACCAGAUACAUCAUGGUGUCCUUCGUGGACCCCUAGGAGACACACCUACAGGACGUGUGUGUAUGUGUGUUUGUUUGUUUGUGUGUGUGUGUGUGUGUGUGUGUUUAAAGAGCCAAUCAGACACACCAACCACUUCAACUGGUCUACUGUGCGUGUGUGUGUGUCUGUGUGUGUGAGAGUGAGUGUGUGUGAGAGUGAGUGUGUGUCAACCUCAUCAUCCCUGAUAGAAACGGACAGGACGGAGGAGUAGCCGUGAUGACCUUGAAUGCAUCGUCUCCAAACAUUUCCCACCCUGACUUUAAUUUUCCCUGCAGAUUGUAUUAUUUCUGAUUGGGUGAUGAGAUCACAUGGUGCAGGUGUAACAGAUUUUCAUAGAGGUACCUGAACGCAUCAUUGCAGAACAUUUCAAAAUAAGAGUCACUCUAUUUAUCUUCAUUUGGUAAGUUCAGAUGAGUAUUUCAAAGUAAGAGUCGCUUGUCCAAGUUUAAAUCACGUAACACCGUGCUGCCUUAUUUUUUUUUUACACUACCUGAAACUAUGCAAUCAGAACACACUCCACCUGUGUGUGUGUGUGUGUGUGUGUGUGUGUGUGUGUGUGUGUGUGUUCAUGUGUGUGUGUGCGUGCGUGCGUGCGUGUGUUAGCAUCACCUCGCUGCUGUUACACUCCAUCAAACUCCAAAAACGACGUUGUUGCAGACUAAAGUUCCUGAUUGUUCCACAGCAGCUUUGAGUAACAUCAACCACAAAAAGGCGCCUCUCGCUCGCCACUUGGGUGAUGCUGGGGUUACCGUGGCAACCAGCAGUGUAGCUAGGCAUGAUGAGAACCACGGGUUACUCUGAUGUGUCAGAGACAUCAGGAGAGACAUAAGAGCAAAAUUAAGACAGAAUAUUUAAAAAAGUAUUUUAAUGUUGACAAGUCUGAGGAGUAAAAGUGUGUGAACGGAGUGUUAGAGAUAUUUUUAAACUGAGAAACACUAAAGGCCUUUUAUAUUUUCAUGUUUUAUUCUUCAGUGUGUUUUAAAUUCAUUUUGUUCUUUGGAUCUUUGUUUCCAUCAUGUAGUUGAGUAUUGUCUCGUUGGCGUGAAGCCGUCGUCUCCUCUCAGUGUUUAUUUCCUUUUGUUAUGUUUUGAUGCUUUUGAGGAGCAGCUCCACAAAAACUGGACUUACGAAGUUUCCACCUGAUGCGGCCUUCAUUUUCUCUCCAUGCGUGCCUGUCGAUACGAGGAUUCAACUGUCUCUGGCUUUGUACAAACUGCAUUAAAUUAUUUGUUAGUGACUGAGCAAAUAAAGUUUUGAGAUUUGAAUAAAUAAUUUUACUGUCACA